UAAACUGGCACAUCUGGGAAAUCCCGAAUCUGAAAGUUCCAAGUUUCCUUGCAAUAAGUAAACACUACAAAUCCCACCCCCCUGCACCCAUCAUUUCAUCACCUGCCCCAAUCACCAUCAUCCCAACUAGAAACAUCCUCUCACCCAGGUGCAGAAGCAGGGAAUAUAGGGAGAAAAAGAACAUUACUUUCCAUAGUAACAAUACCGUCUCAUUUCUGAGUUACCGCUCGUUUACCUUCGAACCGGACCGCUCCAACGGAUUGGAAUCCGAUUACAUCAUGAUGCCAAAUAUGUUAGUUUUGGGAGCAGCCGUCAUGUUGGAAAAGAUGCCGUUUGCCGCGAGGUUAACCUUCAGCAGUGCCCUGGCUCUCUUUCGUCAAAGCGCGUUCAUGAACCGGACAGUCGGCGAGAUCGUUUGGGGGUACAAAGAACCCUUCAUUAAAUUCCUGAGCAACCUCGGGGUCACCAUCGGUCCAUCCAAUGAAAAAUUUGGCUUAUUUUCCGAUUUAAACAAUUCCCACUCGGGCCUCUUCACGGUGUUCACAGGCGUGGACAAUAUUAACAAAACUCACAUGGUGGAUUCUUGGAAUGGAUUAAAAGAGGUAUCUUAUUGGCAUUCUGAAGAAUGUAACAUGAUCAAUGGAACUGCUGGAGAAAUUUGGCCACCGUUCAUGACCCCAUCUUCACCAGUGGAACUCUAUGCUCCUGAUGCCUGCAGGUCGCUUAAAUUAAACUACACCCAAUCUGGAAAUUUCAAAGGCAUACCAGUUUAUCGUUACAUGGCUCCGAAGACCCUGUUUGCCAACGGGACCAUCUAUCCACCCAACGAGGGCUUCUGCCCAUGCCGGCAAUCCGGAAUCCAGAACAUUAGCUCCUGUAAAUUAAAUGCGCCAAUAUUUAUUUCUCAACCUCAUUUCCUAAACGCUGAUCCGGCUUUAAUGGACACGGUAGUCGGUUUGCAUCCGAACGAAAAGGACCACGAUCUGUUUGUCGAUAUACAUCCGCUGACAGGGAUUCCCAUGAACUGUUCGGUCAAAAUACAACUGAAUCUGUUCAUAAAACACGUUUCUGGCAUCUGGCAAACCGGACAGAUUAAGCCCGUGGUUUUGCCCGUGAUUUGGUUUUCCGAGGUAAGUGUGGGUCUGUCUGCAUGCUUACACAUACAAACACACACACACACACAUACAAACAGAGAGAGAGAGAGAGAGAAACAGAGAGAGAAAACACCUGAGAAGGAUGUAUAUGGUUUGCAUUAACUUUUAAUCAGGUUAACCUUCCUCCUUCCUUCUCUCCCUCUUUUUCCUCCUUCCUUCCUUC